CCGGGAUCCAUUGAGCUGCGCCCGGGAGGUGUCGGCUGCUAGCGACCCCGUAGCGCAGAUUAGUUUAGGCAGUUCAGUGAAAGUGACGAUCGGUGAGCGCAAUGAUCGGACGAAGUGUUACUGGGAUCCUCGUUGUUCUAGGGCCGCUGCUGGUGGCUGGAGCUUUGGGAUUCACCGAGCCUCCCUCAACGCUGGAAACGGCAGAGUUUAUGCAGGAAGUCAGGAAGGAUUGCUACAACAGUACCGGGGAUGACAAUGCGUUCCACGAGCUGGUGACCGUGCUGAACAGCGAGACUCCUCGCUGCUUUAUGCACUACGUCAACAUGAGUUUCCUCCAGAGCUCGGUGGAUAGUUUGAGCGCACAGGAGCAGUCCAAGAUGAUGGAGCAAAUUUGCAACCAAAUCGAAAAUUCACUAACCUGUAUUGAUCCGUUGGUAGAAAAGGUUAAACUAUGCGUGAGCGACGAAGAUGAUCUGCAGAUUAUACAAAAAAUUGUGGACACCGCACCGGAAGCGCUGAAAAUGAUCUGCAACGAUAGCGGUUCGAUGUUACUGAAACUGAGAGAACCCUUGUCCAAAUCCUGCGCCUUGGAGCUUGCUCCCGCCAUCGACGAGUGUAUGGAUGUGAUAUCCAACAGCACCAUGAUGACGGAUCUGAAGGAUUACACGAUUACUGAGUGCAACGAAAUUUAUACCAUGCGGGAUUGCAUAAUCGCGAGAAUCCGAGAGUGUGGAGCUUUGACUUAUUUGGAAUUGUUCAGUCUAUUUUACAAGAGCUUGCUGUCGUUGACACCGUGCAAAUAACGAAUGAAUUUAGUUUGAUGUCAGAAAAAAAUAUAUAGUUUCAGUUGGAUUAUUGGUUUCGUUAUUAUCUGCGAGACUUCUUCUUCUCCGGUUUUGUAAUUUAAAAUCUCACAUUUCAGCUAGCUUCUGAGUUAUGGCGCUUACUUUGCGCUGUUCAUCUCGAAAAACUAGAAAAGCAAUGAUAAGUAUAGAAGUUUUUAAAUGAUUUUUAAUACGUUGGCCCCGAUUUUUUCAUGCUGCGCUUUCCUUUUAGCCCCCAUUAAGAGUGUUUUCACAAUAUCAGUGUCG